CCAUCAUCUAUUAAGAAUUACACAGGUGACAUGACAGCAUAUCCAAAAACUCGCCAUCAUGCCGAUUGUAGCCAAAUCCACGGCGGCGUUGAUGCCCAAACGCAAGCGCAGCGACUCCAACGUCGAAGACAAGCCCCAGAAAGUCGCCCACAAGGGCACGUCCGGCGCCCAAUGGCGUGCGAGCCACACCAUCGAGGUGAUCGGCUCCAACGGCGGCUACGCGUGCCCCGACCCGAUCCUUGCCUUCAAGGACACGCCGUUCUCCCCGGCGAUCAUCAAGUGCUUGGAGGCGGCUGGGUACACUGCGCCGACUCCGACGCAGUCCCAGAGCUGGCCCAUUGCAUUGGCCAAGCAGGACAUGAUUUCUGUGGCCAAGACUGGCUCGGGCAAGACGGUCGGGUUCCUCUUGCCCAGUUUCCACCACAUCAUGCAGCAAAAGACGUCUUGCCGCGACCCGCGCAUCCUCGUGCUGGCGCCGACGCGCGAACUCGCGACCCAGAUCGAAGUCGAGGCCAAGAAAUUCAGCCGCGUGCAGCCGGCGUUGCGCACGGCGUGCGUGUUUGGCGGCGCGCCCAAGUACAACCAGCUCAAUUCGUUGGCGGCGGGGGUCGACUGCUUGGUGGCGACGCCCGGUCGCUUGAACGACUUCAUCCAAAUGCGCAAGAUCGACUUGUCGAAAGUGUCCAUUCUCGUGCUGGACGAAGCCGACCGCAUGCUGGACAUGGGGUUUGAGCCGCAAAUUCGCACGAUCAUUGAUCAGAUCCCAACAAACCGCCAGACGCUGCUGUUCAGUGCCACGUGGCCGAAAAGCAUUCAAAAAAUGGCCCGCGAGUUCCUGCGAAACCCCGUACAAGUCAACAUGGGCGACAUCAACGUCCUCCAGGCCAACAAGGACAUCCAGCAGAUCAUCGACAUUUGCCGCGAAGACGAGAAGCGCGACAAGCUAGUUACGCUCAUGAACCAGAUUGUAACCAUGACCGACUCGGCCAACACGGACGUGACGCUCCAUGUCAAGACAAUCGUGUUCUUCCGCACCAAGCGCACCUGCGAACGCCUCGGUCAAGAGUUCUGGGACGCCGGGUACGCCGUCGGGUGUCUGCAUGGCGACAAGGAGCAGCACGAGCGAACGCUGACCAUGAACCAGUUCAAGGCCGGCACGGUGAAGCUGCUCUUUGCCACCGAUGUGGCCGCGCGCGGGUUGGAUGUGAAGGAUGUGGGUGUGGUCAUCAACUACGACAUGCCUGGCGGCACCAACGGCAUCGAAGACUAUGUCCACCGCAUCGGCCGGACGGGGCGCGCCGGCGCCAAGGGCAUGUCGUUCUCGUUCUUUACGUCCACCGACCAACCAUGUGCCAAGAAGUUGGUGGAAAUUCUGUCGACGGCGCACCAAGACGUGCCGUCGCAGCUGGCGGACAUGGCGGCGCGCAAGGGCAGCAAGGGCGGAGGAAACCAGGGCGGGCGUUUCCGCGGCGGCGGCGGCGGACGCGGCGGUGGCGGACGCGGCGGUGGCAACCGCAAGAAGUGGUAGAUACAUCUAUAUUAUUCUAAUUAUAAACAUGAGCGUACGUACAUCCGUUG